AUGCUGAUCCUCAGAGUAGCAACGGCUUUAGUGGCCGUGCUCACCAUACCUUCGAGCUGUAUCGAUGCCCUUCCAUCCUCACCUCAGGGCACUGUGAGCGCCGCGAAUCUUGACAGCGAUGCUCCUUCAGCCAAGGAACUUGGUGGGGUUCACCUCUUGAUGGAAAACGACGUUGACAGCAGCACACCCAAAUACCCUGUCAUCCUACUGUCCAAGCCGAGAGCUUAUAAAGAUGCAGAAGCUGCGUGUGCGAGCCUUGGAGAGCCUUUGGUGGAUGCGACGUACGGAAACCUGCCACGACUACUAGACAUCACCCCUGUGGCGCAGAGCGAGCUCAAAGGAGCCCGCUACUUCUGGAUCAACGCCGACGUGGAAUGUACGGCCCUGGACCGCCGAUCGGGCGAGACCCGACAGUUUCCCUGUACCUCAGUUCAACUCCCUGCGCUCUGCACCAAUUCACUCCCACGGACGACUUUCCUCACUUGGGACAAGUCCCAGCAGAUCAAAGUCGAGAUACCGAACAUGGGCACGUGGCAGGGCUACCGCGAUCGCGAUCAGUUCCGGUUCCAGGGAAUCCCCUUUGCAGAGCCGCCCGUCAAGGGUCUGAGGUUUAUGGGGCCGGAGGCCAUCAGGGAUCUGGGAAAGUUUGAGGGACAGGUGAACGAUGCCACGAAGUUUAGUCAUGCGUGCAUGCAGCUGACGUUCAGCCAACUGGUCAGGAGCAUGUCGCCGGUGAGUCUGAUCACGGGUGCGGAAGAAUCAGAGGAUUGUCUGUAUCUGAAUGUGUACACGCCAAGUUUGAAGGAUGGCAAGCCUGGGAAUCUGGUCUCGCGGGCGGGCGUUGUGGUGGUAAUUAUCAAUUAUCGCUUGGGUAUUUUCGGCUCGUUCGAGAACACACCGGAGAUCCCUCGAUCGAAAGCGCCCGGGAACCUGAAUUUUCGUGAUCAAAUCGCCGCACUAGAGUGGGUCCAAAGGAACAUUGCGGCCUUUGGAGGCGAUCCGAGCCAGGUCACCAUCUUUGGUGAGAGUUCCGGUGCUUACUCCAUGCGCGCUCUACUUUCGGUCCCGUCGGCGUUUGAUCUCUAUCGAAACGCCAUCUCCCAGUCAGACCAAAUGGGCAUCCCAUUCUCGAACGUGGCGGAUUCCUCAAGAAUGGGGAACCUCACCAUGCAUUUCCUAAACUGUCAAUCCCCGGAUUUGGACUGUGCCCUGAGCAAGACCGCCGCUGAAGUUAAAUCUGCACAGAUCAAGACCAUCUCCGUCCUCCUGAACAGCACAUCAACUGCAUGGUUACCCGACGGCGCCCUCUUCAGGCCCACGGUCGACGGUGACUUGUUCUCCGCUGAUUUCGCAGAUCUGGUCCGGUCCGGUCAAUACAACACCAAGGCCAAUAUCCUCUGGGGCACCACUCGCGAUGAAAGCGCCUCGUUUAUUCCGACUUACAUUCCACUCCCAGUCCCUGUUUCGGAUCUCGACAAGGUCAUAGGCAAGGCGCUACGGGAGGAACGUACGCAUGCGCUUCUGCAGUCGCCCUAUUACCAGUUGAACACCUCAGAUCCCGACACGGUCCGCAACGUGCUCUCGAAUGCGUCGUCGGAUUUCUAUUUCAACUGCCCACUCCAGGUCAUGAGCCAGGGCAUCAUCACCCAUCGAUCCGGACUGUACGUCUACAAGAUGAAGCACGGCAUACCUUUAGUCCGGAACUAUCCACUAUUCUGUAGCGGCCGCGUCUGUCAUUUUGAUGAUGUUAUCCCCUCCUUUGGGUCCGGAGAUGUCUUGCCUCUCAGCGAGCAGACUGGAGACGAUGCCCGGUUCGCACGCCAGGUCAUCGACAGGUUCACGACAUUUGCAAGAUAUGACGAUCCGAACCCCAAGAAGGGCCAGCCCGGUCUCGCGGUCGAAAACCCAGACCUCAUGGGUGUCCAGUGGCCAACAUACGCAAAGUCGGAUCCUGUCCUCCAGAUUGAACUGGAUAACAGCACGGUCCUCAAUGAUGUGGAAACAUCACGAUGUGAUUGGAUCCAACGACAUGUUCCUUACGAGUACCAAGUCCACUCACCAGAUGGCCACUUUGUCCCCAUCUACCCGUCUCGCCCACGACAUAAACCUAGUAGAUCUCAUAAACCUCGUUUCAAGUAA